AUGAAUAGAGGCUCUCAUGCCCCUUUGUUCUGGUGUGCUCUCAUGGCGACUGGCCAGGGAGAAGCACCCCUCUGUGCAGAACCCUGGCAACCCUCUUUCGCUCUGGGCGCCUCCUCGGCCUCUGCGCCCACUCUGGCCACGCUUGAGGAACCCUUCAGCCCACGGCUGCACUGUGGGAGCCACUUUCUGGGCUGGCCGAGGCCAGAGCCGGCUCCCUCAGCUUGCGGGGAGGUGUGGCGGGAGAGGCGCUUGCGUGCCAGCGCGAGUUCCGGGUGGGCGGGGGCUCGGCGGGCCCUGCACUUGGAGCAGCGGGACCGCCCCGCCGCCCCCGGCAGUGAGGGGCUUAGCACCCGGGCCAGCAGCUGCGGAGGGUGCGCCAGGUCCCCCAGCAGUGCCGGCCCACCGGCGCUGCGCUCGAUUUCUCGCCGGGCCUCAGCUGCCUCCCCGCGGGGCAGGGCUCGGGACCUGCAGCCUGCCAUGCCUGAGCCUCCCCGACGCCAUGGGCUCCUGCGCGGCCCAAGCCUCCCCACCAGCGCCGCCCCCUGCUCCGCGGCGCCCGGUCCCAUCGACCGCCCAAUGGCUGAGGAGUGCGGCCGCACGGCACGGGACUGGCAGGCAGCUCCACCUGCAGCCCCAGUGUGGGAUACACUGGGUGAAGCCAGCUGGGCUCCUGAGUCUAGUGGGGAGUUGGAGAAUCUUUAUGUCUAGCUAAGGGAUUGUAAACACACCAAUCAGCUGUAUUCAGCGUGAAUACACUCUGUAUCUAGCUGAAGGUUUGUAAAUGCACCAAUCAGCACCCUGCGUCUAGCUCAAGGUUUGUAAAUGCACCAAUCUGUGCUCUGUGUCUAGCUAAUCUAUUGGGGACUUGCAGAACUUUUGUGUCUAGCUCAGGGAUUGUAAAUGCGCCAGUCAGCACCCUGCCAAAACGGACCAAUCAGCUCUCUGUAAAAUGGACCAGUCAGCAGGAUGUGGGUGGGGUCAGAUGAGGGACUAAAAGCGGGCUGCCCAAGCCAGCAGUGGCAAACCGCUCCAGUCCCCUUCCAUGCUGUGGAAAGUUUGUUCUUUUGCUCUUUGCAAUAAAUCUUGCUGCUACUCACUCUUUGGGUCCAUACUGCCUUUAUGAGUUGUAACACUCACUGCAAAGGUCUGUACUCCUGAAGCCAGCGAGACCACAAACCCCCCGGGGAAGAACAAACAACUCCAGACGUGCUGCCUUAAGAGCUGUAACACUCACCGCGAAGGUCUGCAGCUUCACUCCUGAAGCCAGCGAGACCACGAACCCACCAGAAGGAAGACACUCUGAACACAUCCAAACAUCAGAGGGAACAAACUCCGGACACGCCACCUUUAAGAACUGUAACAGUCACUGCGAGGGUCCACGGCUUCAUUCUUGAAAGACGGGAUCUCCCUCUGUCACCCAAGAUGGAGUGCAAUGGUGCGAUCAUGACACGCUGCAGCCUUGAAACCCCUGGGUUCAAGCUAUCCAGCCUCAGCCUCCCCAGUAGCUGGGACUACAG